AUGGCGAACACCACGUGGCUUUCUCCCUCGAUCCUUCGGCUCAGCUUCCAAGAAUCACCCUUGGACAGUCAACUCAGGGCGUUUGCCCUGCAGCAGUGGAAGUCAGAUCCCACCGGAUUGUCUCGAAGCAACCGUGGUGGAUGGCACAGCAAGUAUCUCUGCAUGCGGGAUGCCGAGAGCCUGUCUGGUCUGUAUGAACGCGUCAUCAGAGCUGCGGCGACUUUCUUGGAAGCUGGAACAGCGGUUCGUACCUAUGUCGGGUCCAAAAAAGUACACGUUGCCGCACUGUGGGCAAACGUUAACCGGCCAGAAGAUCUCAAUGUGCCGCAUCAGCAUGCAGCGGAUGGCGCGCAUGGGGAGUCGGUGCCUUUGAUUUCCGCUGUCUACUUCCCAAACCAGGGUGCAGUCAGCGGCUGCAUCGCCAGACUGCAAUUUCCAGGGCAUGCCUGCACACCGAACUCCAGCAAGGAUUGCAGCAUCGAUCCGCGCCCUGGCACCUUGGUGCUGUUUCCGGCUUCAUCUCUGCACAGCGUGGAAGCAUGCGACGCCGAGCUUAGCCAGAGUGCAAGCCAACCUGAAGCAAUUCGGGUUUCAAUCGCCUUCAACCUGCUAGCCCGAGAGUUGUCGGACGAUUUAUAUGCACACGCUGCAUCAGGGGACCUGUCCAGCAUGGAGUCGCAGCUUCAGAAGGCCAACAUAGAUUCACAAGACGGGCUGGGUUUCACUGCAUUGCACCACGCCGCAGAGAGUGGGCACCUUUCCAUGGUCGAUCUUCUUUUGGAGCGGCGUGCAAGCCCGCUGGUCUUGUCCAACAACGGCUCCCUUCCACUUCAUCUUGCCCUGGCUUCGGAGGCUACGUCUGUAGCCUACCGGCUGCUUGAAUCGGCGCCUGCAUCUGCUUCUCAGGCAGGCGGUGCUGCUGGCAGUAUGGCGAUCCACAGUGCUGCUGGACAGGGAGACGUGACUCUUCUCGACCAUCUGCUUGAAAUGCGGGCAGGGUUGCAAUCAAAGCAGGCUGACGGUAGUACGCCGCUGCAUCUUGCAGUGCAGAACGGUCACACUCAGGUGGUGGCCUUCAUUCUGCAGCAGGGAAGGGAAGGCCACAGCGGCCUGGUGACAGCCAGAGAUGAGCGAGGACUUCAACCGGCACAUGAGGCUGCCAGAGGUGGCUUGCUCCCCAUCCUCUCAGAGCUUCUGUCUGCGAGGGCUGAGCCCAAUGCCAAAGAUGAUGAAGGGCACUCCUUGCUGUAUUGGGCAACUUACGGUGGCCACCGAGGGGUGCUAGAAGGCCUCUUGCAAGCUCGGGCCGAGAUCGAGAUCCCUGAGCCGGCUGCAGAAAGCUCCAAGAGAGGGGAGGCCAUGGCCAACUACUUGGCUGCAGCCUUGGUGGGUUCUGGGAGCGAUCCACAGAUUCAGACGGGCGAGCUGAGCCUGAUGCAUGUUGCUGCUGCUGCAGGUCACAUAAGAGUGGCCCAGGCGUUACGGGGGAUGGAGAUGUCACCUGCCGCGGCUGCCUCCUCUUCGAAGCUGCAGCCGCUGCACUUAGCCGCAGCCGGAGCUCAUGUGGCGAUGCUUGGAUGGCUGCUGCUUGCUCGCGGGCAAGUUGAUGCCCGUGCCAGAGGCGACCUGUGCCCUAUUCACUUGGCAUCGCUGGACGGACACCUGCAGGCUUUGGAGGCCUUGCUGUCAUUUCGCGCUUCACCGAAUGCCGUGGCAACUGACGGCAGCCGCCCACUGCAUGUGGCUGCCUCGCGGGGGCACCAGGACCAGCGCAAAGAAAGCGCCAUCAGUCCCUACCCAUAG